CGGCGUAUGUUGUCAAAAGAGAAAAGAUGGCGUCGGUAUCAGAGAUGUACGAUGUGGGUUGGGAAGAGAUGAGAGACAAGCUGCGUAAAUGGAGAGAAGACAACUACAGAAACAGUGAGCAGAUUGUGGAUGUUGGCGAAGAGCUCAUCGGUGAACAUUCAUCUAAACUGGGAGAUGACAUAUGGAUUAUUUAUGAGCAGGUGAUGAUCGCAGCUCUGGACUGCAGUCGGGAUGACUUGGCUCUGACCUGUCUACAGGAACUGAGGAAGCAGUUUCCAGAUAGCCACAGAGUGAAGCGAUUAUCGGGCAUGAGGCUGGAAGCUUUGGAAAGGUACGACGAGGCCAACAAGCACUAUGAUGCCAUUCUCCAAGACGACCCCACCAACACGGCAGCAAGGAAGCGCAAGAUCUCCAUAUUGAAGGCCCAAGGGAAGAGCGCCGAAGCCAUCCGGGAGCUCAAUGAGUAUCUGGAACAGUUUGUUGGGGACCAAGAAGCGUGGCAUGAGUUGUCAGAGCUGUACAUCAACGAACAUGAUCUGCAAGUCACAUCGCUGCCAGUCCAAAAGUCAGUGCCAAGGUGAAGAAGGACAAUAUGAAGUACGCUGCUUGGGCUGCCACUCAGAUAAAUAGAGCCUAUAAGCUGGCCGGUCGCGGGACAAAGGAGAACAAAUGCUCCAUGAAGGCGGUGGAGGAGAUGCUGGAGUCCAUGCAGAUCACCAUGUCCUAGAUGCCCUCAACCACACCUUCUCUCUUCCCUUUCUGUUCACACACAGCCACUUGGAGCAACAUGGCAGCUCAAACAGCCUUUCAAUGUGACCAGAACCGGAUCUUUAACCGUUUUUUUAUUUCUUUAUCCCAUCAAGUUUGGUUCUGUAAUUGAUUGAACUUGACAUGGACAAGUGCAAAGAUUCCCCCACCCAUCUGAAAACUACAACAGAAAAUUCCAAUUCCUCAAAUGAAUUUAAAGAAGUUGUGCAUAGCAUUAACCAGCUGUGAUUUCCCCUAGACUGGAUUUUACUGUCCCUCCCCAUCCCAUGUUGUCUUUUAUGUUCACCUUGAACUGAUAUCACUAAUUAGCACGUCCACAUCAAGGCUACAACUCUGACCAGAAAGAUAACAAGCUGUACAGUAAAUGCUAUUUAUAAAGACGAUGUGGAGAUUCCACCUGUCUGCACUGAGGUCCUUAACUGUUUCCGUACUAUCUGUAAAUGAAACAUCUUUAAUAAAACUUUUCAUUUGUCUAAUCUAUCAAAAUGUCUUAAUAAAAGUAGGACUGAUA